CGUGCGCUCAGUUCCUGGUUUCAAAAGAACAGCGCAACUGCUGUCUCAACUUCACCAGACAGAUCAGAGCAUCACAAUGAACACUUACUUCUACCUCCUAGUCUCUGUCUUGAUUUGCAAGAACUACGCAGAGAUGACCUGUCAAACUGUCCAGCAGAAGGACACCGCCACGCUGAGUUGUGGCCACUUUGAAGGUGAUGUAAGAUGGAGCAGAGACCAAGAUGGAGGAAGAGUUGACAUUCUGACUGUGAGAAAAGGACAGGACAGCGAGGACAAACACAUUCAUGACCCAGGCAAACGUUUUAGUUCAGUGGCAGACAAAUCACUGACUAUUUUGAGAGUGAUUUCCUCAGAUAGUGGGGUGUACUACUGCAACGGUGAACCAGUGGUGAAUCUGACAGUGACACCAGAAACAGUCCUAGAAGAAGAUCAGAAGAGAACAUGUGGUCCUAAAAGUUCACCAACUACAAUUUGGUCCAGUUUUAAAGGGCACACUUUCUGUCUGGCCAGUAAACAAGGAUCCUAAAACACAGAAGAUGGGAAGAUUCAGUCUGCAUAAUCGACAGUAAAGUCUUUGAUAAAGAAUUAUAACAUACACAAUUACUGUGAUAUGUGAUUUAAUGUUUCAUUUGAAUAUCUUGAAUCUUUAUCAUUUCAUUUGAUCAUUUCCUAUUGGUAUUGAUUCCAUGGGUGUACAGCUUUGACGACAUAAUUUAAAUCUCAUACAGAAAUUCAGAUUAUAAAAAUGUAUGUACAUUUAAAUUAUUAUAACACAACUUUGUUAUUGAUUUAUUUGUAUUGGUAGAAAAUGUGGUAUUGGACAUUGGUAGAAAAUGUAUUGCAGACAUAUUUGUGUUAUGUUUUAGAGAAAAAGGAUUCUGGUUCUUGCACUUUAUGUACACUUGAAUCUAUGUAUAUGGUGCUGAUGUUGAAUGCAAUAAAAAGCUGAGCU